AUGAUCCCAAACGAUAUGCUGCACCAGAAACCUAUUGACCUGAGACACAAAUGUUUAUUUUACAUCGGCCACAUCCCUACAUUCCUCGACAUGCUCAUGGCUCGUGCUCUCAACGAGCCAAAUGCUGAGCCUUACUUCGCGCAGAUUUUUGAGCGGGGUAUUGAUCCUCAUGUCGAUGACCCAGAACACUGCCACUUCCCACAAAGGACGAGGAUUGGCCUACACUUGGAACUGAUCCUCGCCUUCCGUGACCGUGUGCGUGCGCGGCUUCUCGCGUUGUACGACGAUCUAGCAUCGGGAAAGCGCAAAAUCAACAGGAACAUCGGUCGCAUGCUUGCGAUGACCCUCGAGCAUGAGGGCUGGCACGUCGAGACACUCCUCUACAUGCUCAUUCAGCGUGCUGGAACAGGAACGCUCCCCCCGCCUGGAUUUGUUAGCCCGCCUUGGGAAGCGCUAUCCGCACAGUGGGACGCCACUCACACACACCCGGCUUCAUCGACUGUCACGCUUGGCCCUGUGACGAUCACGCUUGGGCACGACGAUUGCGAGGGAAACGACUUUGAUGAAGGCGUGUGUGACCAGGUCGAGGGACACGAGUUCGGCUGGGACAAUGAGAGCCCUUCACGACAGGUGCAGGUCGGGAAAUUCCGUGCUGAGUGGAGGCCCAUCACCAAUGGGGAGUUCCAUGCUUGGUGGGUAAACAGGAAGGAAAUCGGUCUGCCACCCAGUUGGGUGGAGGGAGAGGAGGGGAUUCAGGUCCGCACCCUCUACGGUCCAGUUCCGCUAAGCGUCGCGAAGCACUGGGCGGUGCUUACGAGCUACGACAUGCUUAGCGCAUAUGCACAGAGCAAAGGCGGACGACUACCCACCGAACCGGAGCUGAGGCUCUUCCUUGAUACGUAUGAGGUUGGAUACGAAGGUGGUGCAAACGUGGGUAUCAGAAACUGGCAUCCCGUUCCUGCGACGGCUGGUCUUGAGGCAAACGGCGGUCGUGGGAGCAACGGCGGAGUCUGGGAGUGGACUUCGACACCACUUGAUACCCAUGAUGGACUGUCGCCAACGGAGCACUUCCCAGGGUACUCGACGGAUUUCUUUGAUGGGAAGCAUCAUGUUGUUCUCGGUGCAUCGUACGCUACGAUCCCACGUCUUGCUGGACGGCGGACGGUCAGGAACUUUUAUCAGCCUAAUUAUCCGUACCCGUGGGUUGGUGCGCGGUUGGUGUAUGAUGCGUGA